CCCAAAGCUGUAACGGAAGGGUGCGGACGGACACGCGAAUGGGUCAGAGUAAUGGAGAAAACAGAAAGGUCUCGCUCUCCCUCUCCCUCUCCCUCUCCGUCACGUUGACUUGAAUAAUAGCGCGUCUCAUUUAAAUUCUCUCUCUCGCUCGGUUUUUGUCUCGUUUCCCUUCUGGAAAAAAAACCAGCUAUAGCAAACCCAAGCCAAAAUUAAACCAAACCAAACCAAACCAAACUAGUUAGAAGUUGCCGUUCUUUCACCAUUCCCACGAAUCCAAUCCCCGCCCACAGAUACAAUUUUCCCUCGCUUUCUCUAUCUUUCUCUCUGUAAUUUCUCUAACGAUUCUUUUGAUUGGAUCCGAUUCUCAGUUCUGAUCCAAUAUUCUCCACUACUCUCGCUUUGCCGCUCUGUCUCUCUGCAUCUGUAGAUAAAGGAGCGUGGCAGAUCACUGGAAAACAAACAAACCUAAUUUGAUUUGAACAUGUCGAAAUCCCUCCCUUACUCCAUGAAAGAUGUUCACUAUGAUAACGCCAAGUUCCGCCAACGCUCUUUCGUCAAGGUGAUAGCGCAGUCCUUCGUUACCAGUAACUUAAAGCGUAAAUGUAUAAGUUGUAGUACUGGGAAGUUUCUAAUGUUAUUGAUGAUAUUUGGUUUAGCAUUGCUUUUGAUGACUCAUACAAGCAGUCACCAUUCUUUUUCUGAUGGACUAGCAAAAGGAACAAAUGUUAGUGAAGAAAUUACUAUGGGUGGAAGUAGCAGAUUUGGAAGAUUUUGGAGGAAACCACCAAGGCUUCCUCCUCGAUUAUCACCUGAUGAAAAAGGUACUAAUAAUAAACCUAGCAAUGAAUCGUUGAGGUUAAAUGCUGAUCCAAUAUGGAUUGAAAGGCAACAAAAAGUGAAGGAAUCUUUCCUGCAUGCUUGGUCUGGCUACAAAAAGUAUGCAAUGGGAUAUGAUGAACUUAUGCCCCUAAGCCAGCAGGGAGUUGAUGGGCUAGGAGGUCUAGGUGCUACUAUUGUGGAUGCUCUUGAUACUGCCAUGAUUAUGGGUGCUAAUGAAGUAGUUUUUGAAGCAGGCUCAUGGAUUGAAACACACCUUUCUGAUAAGAUUAGCAAGAACGGCCAAGUUAAUUUAUUUGAAACUACCAUCCGUGUCUUAGGUGGACUUUUAAGUGCAUAUCAUUUAAGUGGAGGGGGACAACAUAAUAACUCUAUGUAUAAGGGGCCAAAACCAAUUGUUUAUCUAGAAACUGCUAGAAAGUUGGCUGAUCGUCUUCUAGUGGCUUUUACUUCCAGUCCAACUCCUAUUCCAUUUAGUGAUGUUGUUCUUCACGGUCCCUCAGCGCAUCGUGCUCCUGAUGGUUUGAGCAGUACUUCAGAAGUUUCAACUUUGCAACUUGAGUUCAAUUAUCUCAGUACAGUUUCUGGUGAUCCCAAGUACAGCGUGGAAGCUAUGAAGGUUUUGGCACAUAUGAAGAAUCUACCAAAGGUGGAAGGGCUGGUUCCUAUCUACAUAAGCCCUGACUCUGGUGAAUUUAGCGGAGAGAAUAUUAGACUGGGUUCUCGUGGUGACAGCUACUAUGAGUACCUAAUUAAAGUAUGGCUUCAGCAAGGAAGCAGUCAAGAUUCUGAUUUUACAUAUCUGCAUGACAUGUAUGAGGAGGCAUUGAAGGGUGUUAGGCGCUUACUUGUUCAGAAGUCGAUCCCAAAUGGAUUGGUUUUUGUGGGGGAAUUGCCUUAUGGACCAAAGGGUGUUUUUCGUCCGAAAAUGGAUCACCUGGUGUGCUUUUUGCCUGGUACUCUUGCUCUUGGUGCCACUAAGGGCAUAACAAAGGAAAAGGCAAUGAAAGAUGAUCUGCUUAAAUUUGAAGACCUUGAAAAUUUAAAGCUCGCUGAGGAUUUAGCAAAAACAUGCUUUGAAAUGUAUUCAGUCACUUCUACUGGUCUUGCCCCAGAAAUUGCUUACUUCCAUACAAAGGAGUAUUAUGAAGGUGGGCUUGAUGGGGGGAAUAAGGGUUCAAAGUUUGUUGAUGACAUAAUAAUCAAACAUGCUGAUCGUCAUAAUCUUUUGCGCCCUGAAACUGUGGAAUCCUUGUUUGUAUUAUAUCGGGUUACAGAGGACCCAAAAUACCGUGAAUGGGGUUGGCAGAUAUUUGAAGCAUUUGAGAAGUUCACAAAGGUUGAAUCUGGUGGGUACAGUUCUUUAGACGACGUUACUUUGCUUCCUUCUCGAAGAAGAGACAAGAUGGAGACGUUCUUUUUAGGAGAGACAUUGAAGUAUCUGUACUUGCUAUUUGGGGAUACCUCUGUUAUUCCAUUGGAUAAGUUUGUCUUCAACACAGAAGCCCAUCCUCUUCCUAUUAAAGGUACCUGAGAGGGCCUGAAUGUCUUACUGCAUAUAAAGCAUACAUGUGAAGAAACACACUUGCGACUUGUAUGUUGGUGGGAAAUCGACUCGAAUACUUUUGGAAAUUUUGUUGGUGCAUCAUUGGAAUGGUUGGUCCUGGAAAACACAGCGAUCCAUGACUGUGAUGUCAAGAAAUGUUAGCAGUGCAAUGCUUCAGUCAAUUGAUCUGCACUCAGUUGCCUACAGAAGAACAAUUUUUUUGGAACCUAUAUUCAUAUGGCCGUCAAAUUAUGGAUUAUGGCAUGGUUGUAACAUGUAAUUGUUUAGUUAACAUUCUUCAUAAUUAUAUGUCAAUGGUUGCUCUUUGCUCCAAAAUUAUUGAGUGAAAAUGCAACCAUUUGUAAUUGACUUGUCCAAUUUCCAGCACUUGCUGCAGUUUUGGAGGCCUAUUUGGACCAACUGAUGUAUUAUAUUUUUUGUUAAUAUUUCUUUAUACAUCGCUCAAAGUAUCAAGCUAACCAAAA